AUGGCUUUCCAAUGCCUCACAUGUCCCCAAAAUUUCCAUGACCGGCGCGCUCUCAAGACACAUCAACGGAACUGCAAAGGUUAUCAAGAUAUUCAAGAUGUUACCUUUCAGCAAAAGCACGCUCGAGAGGAGGAGGUGGCAGAAGAGGUGGAGACACGGUCGAGGAAGAGAGCUCAGGUGUUGGUAGAACCUGAAGAGUUGACAGCAGAGCAAUUUGAUGAUUUCCUGCCUGGCUCCGCCACCCCCCUCUCCUAUAUUCCUUCGAAACAGCAUCUUCUUCCUACCCAGCCUGGCCCGGAGUCUGUACCACCAAUCCCUCCUCCGCCUGAGCCUGAGCCUGAGCUGGUGCCAGCGCCAGAACUCAUCUUUGAAACAAAACCCAAUGAAUUUGGGUUAUUCCGUCAGUACAAGCGACACCUGACACACAACCCAGAACCUGAAAAUUCACUCGAUAAAGUCUGUGACUCUGCAGCAUUCCCCAAGGUGGAUCCGGCACCGCCCCAGGAUGCAGCAUCAAUGGAACCCUGGUAUGCUCUGUUUACUAAUGCAGUAGCUGCAAUUAUGAUGUGCUGGCAGUACAUGAAGUUUGCGACAAAAUCCACAAGCGAGAUAGAUCACUUAGCGCACUCUCUUGGGGAUUCCAUGAGGGAUGGAUUCAGUAUCAAGGACUUCACAAAGUUCAACACUGCUCGAGAGAACAAGCGCAUAGACAGCUACAUCGCCGAUUCUUUGAGCCCCUUCAAUGAGGGCGAGGGCUGGCAUCAAUCGGCUGUUAAGAUCCGCCUCCCUGCUGACAAGGUGAAGACUCCCGAAGACCAGGCGCCAGAAUUUGAAGUCAAGGGUGUCUGGCAUCGCAAUAUCGCCGACAUUAUCAAGACUGUCUAUUCAGAUCCCACCACCUUCUCUACACUUUACACCACCCCAUUUCAGCAGUUUUGGAAGCCGUUCAAGAACUCAAAGCCCGAGCGCAUCCACUCAGAAAUAUAUUGCUCACACUCAAUGCUCGAGGCUGACGAGGAAAUACAGAAACUCCCAUGCGAGCCUGAUGACAAGUUGGAGCGUAUCGUCGCGCCGCUCAUGCUCUGGUCGGAUGCGACGCACCUUGCAAAUUUUGGCAUGGUGUCACUCUGGCCUUUCUACUUGUUUUUUGGCUCCCAAUCAAAGUACACCCACGCAAAACCCACGGCAUACGCAUGCCAUCAUCUAGCAUACAUCCCCUCACUUCCAGACAUUAUUCAAGAUUUUUACCACUCAUUUUUCGGCAAGAGCGCGACGGCAGAGACUCUCACGCACUGUAAGCAUGAGCUCAUACAUGCGAUAUGGAUCCUUCUCCUUGACAACAAUUUCAUGGAGGCAUACACCCACAGAAUCGUCAUUCGAUGUGGUAACGGUAUCAUGUGUUAUGUGUUUCCACGAUUCUUCACUUACUCCACGGACUACCCUAAAAAGGUCAUACUUGCGAGUAUCAAGUAUCUUGCCAAGUGCCCAUGCCCUCAAUGCCUUGUCGAGAAGAAGAAAGUUGUCCACAUGGGCAUGAAGUCUGAUAUGAAGACCCGCUGCAAGGACCACAAAGAUGAUGUCCAACGCCAGCAGAAUUUUGGUGUGCCACUCAAGGCAGACAGGCUGAAGACAGUGCUCGGUGAACGCUCGCUCGUACUAACAAGGAAUGCCUUUUCCACGAAGCUAGUGCACUUUGGGUUCAACUUCCAUUUGAUGUUUGUGGUCAACCUCCUGCAUGAGGUCGAGCUGGGUGUAUGGAAAGCUACCUUCACUCAUCUGAUGCAAGUGCUUCAAGCAGCUGCAGAUGAUGCCAUUCAAAAAUUGAAUCAACGCUAUCGAGCGGUACUCACGUUUGGUCGCAGCACAAUACGACACUUUCACAGGAAUGCCUUGGCCAUGUGGAAGCUUGCUGCACAAGAUUUUGAAGACUUGUUACAGUGUGCUAUGCCAGUAUUCGAAGGCCUUUUGCCUGCACGCCACGACACCAUUGUGGCCAACCUCCUGUUUGACCUCACAACCUAG